AAUGUGUAAAAAUUUGAAUUUGGCAAUACUGUACCGUCGCCAUCUUUCUUUUUUCCCAACUACACGACCGCGUGGACGGUAUUUUCUGAAAGGGAACAACAAACUACCUUAACAAAAUGACUAAUUCCAAGGGUUAUCGUCGCGGCACCAGAGACAUGUUCUCUCGCCCCUUCCGCAAGCAUGGUGUCAUCCCCUUGUCCACCUACAUGCGUGUCUUCAAAAUUGGAGAUAUUGUUGACAUCAAGGGUCAUGGUGCCGUCCAAAAGGGUAUGCCCUACAAGGCCUACCACGGCAAAACUGGCCGUGUCUACAAUGUCACCCCUCAUGCUGUCGGUGUUAUUGUAAACAAACGUGUACGCGGUAAGAUCCUACCCAAGCGCAUCAAUGUCCGCAUUGAACACGUCCACCACUCCAAGUGCCGUGAAGAUUUCUUGCGUCGCGUCAAGGAAAACGAACGUUUGUUGAAGGACGCCAAGGCUAAGGGUACCUGGGUCAACUUGAAACGUCAACCUGCCCAACCCAAGAAGGCUCACUUCGUCAAGAAGAUCGAAGAACCCAUUGUAUUGGCUCCCAUUCCUUACGAAUUCGUUGCCUAAGUUAAUCUACUACUUUAGUUACAACAUACGGAAUGAUGAUGAUGUAUUUGUUGGGUGUUUUUUUAUAUUACACACAUGGAGCUUUUUUUCUAUGAAAAUUCUCUUGUAAAAAAAAAAUUUUAAACAAAAAAAUAAACAGUGAAUGAAAAAUAGAAUUGAAUUCUAUUUGGAAUGACAAAAAACAACAAAA